AAGCCCAGCUGCUGUCCUCACCUGCUCCCCAUCUUUGCUCUCACCAUGAGCUGCCGCAUACAGAGCUCCUCCGCCAGCUAUGGAGGUGGAUUCGGGGGUGGCUCUUGCCAGCUGGGAGGAGGCCGCAGUAUCUCUACCUGCUCAUCACGCUUUGUCUCUGGGGGAUCAGCUGGGGGCUACGGGGGCGGCAUGAGCUGUGGCUUCGGUGCAGGGGCUGGUAGUGGUUUUGGAGGAGGCUUCGGAGGGGGCUUUGGAGGUGGCCUUGGAGGUGGCUUUGGUGGGGGUUUUGGCGCUGGCUUUGGUGACUUUGGUGGCGGCGAUGGCGGCCUCCUCUCCGGCAACGAGAAGCUCACCAUGCAGAACCUCAACGACCGGCUGGCCUCCUACCUGGACAAGGUGCGCGCCCUGGAGGAGGCCAACGCCGACCUGGAGGUGAAGAUCCGGGACUGGUACCAGAAGCAGAGCCCCAGCAGCCCUGAGCGGGACUACAGCCACUUCUACAAGACCAUGGAGGACCUGCGGGACAAGAUCCUGGCGGCCACCAUCGACAACAACCGGGUUGUUCUGGAGAUCGACAAUGCCAGGCUGGCUGCGGAUGACUUUAGGCUCAAGUAUGAGAACGAGCUGGCCCUGCGCCAGAGCGUGGAGGCCGACACCAACGGCCUGCGCAGGGUGCUGGACGAGCUGACCCUGACCAAGACCGACCUGGAGAUGCAGAUCGAGAGCCUGAACGAGGAGCUGGCCUUCCUGAAGAAGAACCACGAGGAGGAGAUGAAGGAGUUCAGCAGCCAGCUGGCCGGCCAGGUCAACGUGGAGAUGGACGCGGCCCCGGGCGUGGACCUGACCCGCGUGCUGGCCGAGAUGAGGGAACAGUACGAGGCCAUGGCCGAGAAGAACCGCCGGGACGCCGAGGAAUGGUUCCACAGCAAGAGUGCAGAGCUGAACAAGGAGGUGUCUUCUAGUACCGCCAUGAUCCAGACCAGCAAGACAGAGAUCACAGAGCUCAGACGCACCCUCCAGGGCCUGGAGAUUGAGCUGCAGUCCCAGCUCAGCAUGAAAGCCGGGCUGGAGAGCUCGCUGGCGGAGAUGGAGUGCCGCUAUGCCAUGCAGCUGCAGCAGAUCCAGGGGCUCAUCGGCGGCAUCGAGGCCCAGCUGAGCGAGCUCCGCAGCGAGAUGGAGUGCCAGAACCAGGAGUACAGGAUGCUGCUGGACAUCAAGACGCGGCUGGAGCAGGAGAUCGCCACCUACCGCAGCCUGCUGGAGGGCCAGGACGCCAGGAUGGCUGGCUUACCCUCCUCAGGAGGAAGCACCAGUGUCACUGUCACCACUGCCUCCCCUCCCAGUCGCCGCAUUUCCGAACCCCGUAAGCCUUAAAUCCACCUGGCUUCCUCUCCCUCUGUCUUCAGCACCCAGAGGAGAGAGAUGACAGGUCCCUGCAGGAGAGAGGGAGGGACCGCAGGACGCUCAGGACACCGGCCCCCCGGCGCUCUCCCGAGGGCGGGCGCUCUGCGCUUCUCUCCCUGGGCACCUCCCCUUCUCCCUUAUCUGGUUACUCUGAUUUCUCAGCUUCUCUGCUAAAAAGAAAAGACGAUUCAAUAAAGUUUCCUGCCUU